CAGAGGCUGGGGCCGACAGGGUUACUGUGGGGUGGAUGAGCGGCUGACAUGGCGCCGUCCAGGAGUCUCGCGGUUUCCUUUGCAGUCCUGGUGGUACUGCUUUGGGGGGCUCCUAGGAGCCACGGGCGGCGGAGCGACGUGCGCGUCAUCACGGACGGGAACUGGAAAGAGUUGCUGGAAGGAGAGUGGAUGAUAGAAUUUUAUGCUCCAUGGUGUCCUGCUUGUCAAAAUCUUCAACCAGAAUGGGAAAGUUUUGCUGAAUGGGGAGAAGAUCUUGAGGUUAAUGUUGCAAAAGUAGAUGUCACAGAGCAACCAGGACUGAGUGGACGAUUUAUAAUAACUGCUCUUCCGACUAUUUAUCAUUGUAAAAAUGGUGAAUUUAGGCGUUAUCAGGGCCCAAGGACUAAGAAGGACUUCAUAAAUUUUAUAAGCGAAAAAGAAUGGAAGAAUAUUGAACCUGUUUCAUCAUGGUUUGGUCCAGGUUCUAUUCUGAUGAGUAGUAUGUCAGCACUCUUUCAGCUAUCUAUGUGGAUCAGGACUUGCCAUAACUAUUUUAUUGAAGACCUUGGAUUACCAGUAUGGGGAUCAUAUACGGUUUUUGCUUUAGCAACCCUGCUCUCAGGACUAUUGUUAGGACUUUGUAUGAUAUUUGUGGCAGAUUGCCUCUGUCCUUCAAAAAGGCGCAGACCGCAGCCAUACCCUUCAAAAAAAUUACUACCAGAAUCUUCUCAACCUUUGAAAAAAGUGGAGGAGGAACAAGAGACCGACGAAGGAGAUGUUUCAGAAGAGGAAGCUGAAAGUGAAGCGGGAACAAAGAGCGGCUUUUCAGAGAAUGCCCUAAGACAGCGCUCCGUGGGCCCUUCGCCGCGGAUGGAGGAAUCGUAGUUAGGGUUAUAAAUCUCUUAAUGUUAUGAUUUUGACAGAAACAGAAGAUUGAUAAUUUCUUUUGGUUUGGAGUGAGCUGUGACUUCCUUGUACAUUGCAGGAUUCAAUCUAGAUUGUCAUUAGAUUGAACAGUCUACCUUCAGAAAAUAAGAGUAGCACAAGGUAUAAAGGUUCGAAAUACGAUUUAUGAACAGCAUGGUGGUUUAAGCAGUUCUUUAACCUUUGAAAAAUCUGGUGCCAAGCAAUAAAGUUUGGGUAUGUUUGUUUAAUAAUAACUUGUUUCAAGUCUCAGUUGAGAAUUUACAUUUUCCAAGUAUUGUAUUAUUGAGGUAUUGAAGAAGAGGUAAUAAUGAAUUUACUUUAGAGAAAAAGAUUUCUCAUUUGAUAUGAUUUUUCUCAGUUUCACUGUGUGAAAAAAGAACGUAUUUCCCAUAAAUGGGAAUUUUGCCCAUAUUUUCAAGAAUUGUAUAUUUCAGUGACAGCUCUUUGGUCGUUUUAGAGAUACAGUCCAAAUUUUCCUCAUAUUUUUAGAUUAUGCAACUAAUAAAAACCAUCUUACUUUAAUUACAGUUUUCUACAUAUGAUGGUAAUAACAGGAUAUGCUACUGAUUUGGGCAACUUUUAUUGAUGUUGUCUUGAUUCCUAUAAAGGUUGAUGAUUGCCUCUUUAGUUCCUGUCUGUUCAGUAUGGUUUGCAUUUUUCCUAUUUGCCUUGAGUUACAUUUUUAGUUUUCAAAAUUACAUGGUAAUUUUCUGGAAAUUUUUCCAUGCUUUGGUAAACAGUGCUUUUUGGUUUUGUUUCAAACUGAUAACGUUUACUGAGGGAUCCUUAAAAUUGAAGAGCUAUCUACAGAAUCUUUAGAAUUUUGGCCACUCAUCUCAGAUUCGACAUUAUCCUUGUUGAACCUGUACUUGAACUUUUCUUUUCUUUUUUUGAUGUGAAGUUGAACAUUUCUGAUUUUUAUUUGGUGUUGUGGAAAAGCCUUACAUUUAUAUUUCAAAAGCUCACAGAAGCUUAAUUUGAUGUAAAAUAAAUUUUGCAUUCUACUCAGGAAAAUAUGUGUUUUCAGUGUAUUGUUGUCCCCAUAUACAGAAAGUUCCUAAUUGAUUUUACAAAGUCAGUGUAUGCUUGAGGUUUUUAAAUCAUAUGUUCUUGAAAAGACAAAUCUAUCUUCUGCUGUACUUUCUUGACUUGUGCGGUGUUUGACAGGUGGAAAUCUGCAGGAUGAACAUUAAAUGUAUCUAUAUUUUGUAAAGAAUUAGAACACAGAGUUUUUAGCUUUACAGGAAAGAAGGGGAAGGCAGUGGAGGGACUAUUAGCCACAAGCAUAAAUAUUCCGAAUGAAUCACCUGUUUGUUAUGUAAUAGAUGGUUUCCAUAAUGCCCCCUUUUUUCCAGGUUCUGCUGCAGUGUGAAUUUACUAGAUUUAUAGUAUUAUAAUGUACAACAGUUUUCUUUAAAGUCCUCUGGAGAAUGUUAAAUAUUCCGUCAUUGAAGAGUCUGGAUGUAUAAUAAUUUUGUAAUGCUUUAGAAAAAUAUUCUAAGCACGAAAUAAACUUUUUGAAGCACUUCACUUAAAA